CGGUAAAUAGCAAUCGGUCCCCGCACUGUUCCGCAAGCCUGCAGUAACUGGACAUGUCGGUGUUCACUGAUGUUCCGCAAGCCGCUCCGGUGGCGGUCUUCAAACUGACCGCAGAUUUCCGGGAGGACAAAGAUCGGAACAAAGUGAAUUUGGGAGUGGGAGCGUACAGAACAGAUGACUCCCAGCCGUGGGUGCUGCCGGUGGUGAAGAAGGUGGAGAGGAUGAUCGUGGAGGACAACAGCCUGAACCACGAGUACCUGCCCAUCCUUGGGCUUCCUGAGUUCCGCUCCAGCGCCUCCAAGAUUGCCCUGGGGGAGGACAGCCCCGCCAUCCGCGAGAACAGGGUCGGAGGUGUGCAGGGACUGGGCGGGACAGGAGCCCUGAAGAUCGGUGCCGAGUUUCUCCGCCGCUGGUACAACGGUCAGAACAACACAGCGACCCCAGUCUACGUCUCCUCGCCAACAUGGGAGAAUCACAAUGCUGUCUUUGCUGAUGCCGGGUUCAAGGAUAUCCGGCCGUACAAGUACUGGGAUCCUGAGAAGCGAGGGCUGGCAUUGGCUGGCUUCCUGGAUGACCUAGAGAAAGCUCCAGAGCGCUCCAUCUUUGUGCUGCACGCCUGUGCCCACAAUCCCACCGGCACCGACCCCACCCCAGACGAGUGGAAGAAGAUUGCGGAGGUCAUGAAGCGCAGGAACCUUUUUGUCUUCUUUGACUCGGCGUACCAGGGCUUUGCCUCAGGGAGCCUGGAGAAGGACGCGUGGGCCAUCCGCUACUUCGUGUCCCAGGGCUUUGAGCUGCUGUGCGCCCAGUCCUUCUCCAAGAACUUCGGCCUCUACAACGAGAGGGUAGGCAACCUCACCGUGGUCGCCAAGGACAACGAUAACCUGACCCGGGUCCUGUCCCAGAUGGAGAAGAUCGUCAGAACCACCUGGUCCAAUCCCCCUUCUCAGGGGGCCCGCCUGGUGGCCAUCACCCUCAACAGCCCUGAGCUGUUUGCCGAAUGGCAGGACAACGUGAAGACCAUGGCGGACCGGGUGCUGCUGAUGAGGGCUCAGCUGAAGGCCAAGCUGCAGGCCCUGGGCACCCCGGGCACCUGGGACCACAUCACCCAACAGAUCGGCAUGUUCAGCUUCACUGGCCUCAACCCCAAACAGGUGGAGUACCUGAUCAAGGAGAAGCACAUUUACCUGAUGGCCAGCGGCCGCAUCAACAUGUGCGGCCUGACCACCAAGAACAUCGACUACGUGGCCCAGUCCAUCCACGAAGCCGUCACCAAGGUCCAGUAAGGGCCCGCCCACGCUGGCCCAGCCCGCUGUCACUUCCUGUCCUUAUAGCUGUGAUGGGAGAGCGGACCUUCCCGAACCUCAGAGCCAUCACAUGAUGUCUGUGACUUGAAGAAAUCAUACUGCUUUGGUUAGAGUCACUGACAGCAUGUGAUGGCCCCACCCAAUCUGGGGUUCAUGAAGCCUCACUCUCUCACCACCAUUCUGUGGCAGUGGUUAGUCCUGGACUCUGGAGGGGCGGGGACAAGAGGUGGUUGAGGAGGGAUGGGGCUGUCCUGUUGGAGCUGCCUUGCCGCCUGUCAGCUUGCCCCACCCCCAGCAAGCCAGCACAUGCUGUAGUUAACUAGUCUGUUUUUCUGAUAAUUUCAGAGAAACAAAAAGUAGUGUUUUAAAGUUAAAAUGUAUUACCAACCUGUCUGAGUGUCAUUUGUCUCCUGGGUUUAUUUCAGUGUCUCCUGUUUCAGUACUUUGGGUUUUUUUUUUUAUAGCCUGUAACUACAGGGUCAUGAAAAGAGCACUGACACUGAACUAUGAUAUUUCAGUGUUUUUGUCACCUUCAUAAAAGCCAAUGUAUCAUGGCUUUUUAUUCACUUUUAAUGGAUGUGAGCCUGUUACAUGUGUUUCACAAUCUGUUCCCCUUAAGGAAUAAGGUAGUGUAAGUUCACUUCAGUGUUAAAUGUUUAUAAUGUCUUCAAGAGGUCAGGGUUAUCUUUAGGUUUUGUGACAGAUUUAAUGAACAGCUUCUGCAUUUUGAAAUUACGGUUGAUGUUACAUUACCAAAGUCUCAAAAACAGUCCAAAGUCAACAUAAAUAAAAUCUAGUGAGAUUUCUUAAUGGUUAGCUUAAUGGUUAGCUUAUUGUGGCCCUCUCACCAUUCAGCAUAAAAUAUAAAACAAAUAAUAUGAUGAACUUGGAUGGGAAAAAAAAUAAAAAUGUAUGCCAUUUUACACCUUACACAUAUUCCUUGUUUAGAGUGAGUGAGAAGUAUAUUGUGCGUAGUAUAUGUACAAUGUAAGUGAAGUUCACGCAUCAUUUUAUUUGAGGGGCAUUAUCAUGGUCAAGUGUUUAAGCCAGAAGUGAAUUCGCUAUGUCUCAAAUGAAAGAUGGCUUUACCCUCUUUGAAGCAAUACUUCAAGGAUCAGCAUGAAAUUCUUUCCAUACGCAGUGAUGGGAGAGGCAGGGUUGGCAAUGGGGGUGAUGGUUAUUGUAGUCCAAACAGAAUACCACAUCUCAGAAUGCUAUAUUCACCCAGUGCCUUGCUUUAUGAUGAACUUGGAGGUACCACAGCACUAUUCAGACUGGCACACAGUGUGAAAUCACUGCUGUCUGUGGUGUUGGUGGGCAUAGAUAACUCCUUAAAAAGGGGGAGAGCAGCCUUAUUGACUACAUGUUGACUUUGUGGAAAUGCACUCUUCUGUAUUGACUCUCUGCUUGCCAUGGUCACACACCUCCUGGUGCUCUCAUGAUGAAGACGGAAGGAAAA